AGUUUGUACGUAACUCGGUGGCGACGCGCCCUGAGCGUCCACCUUGUUUAUACUUGUUGUAACACUGACGUCCGACUUGCUGCGGGGUUCUUUCCGUCCAUGAGAGCGCAUCACGCGGCGGGACCAUGUGGAUCCUGACGGCCCUGCAGCCCGGAGGUGAGACCCACUACCUCGUCGCCAGUAAAGAGUAUGUGGUGGGGCGCAAGAACUGUGACAUCCUUCUCGCCAACGACCAGUCCAUCAGCAGGGCUCACGCUCACCUCACUGCUACUGACCAGACCCUGACUUUGAAAGACACCUCCAAGUACGGCACUUUUGUCAACAGCCAGCGUUUGACAGAGAACACGUCAGUGAACCUGAAGUCAGGGGACAUUGUCACAUUUGGGGCUUUUCACAGCAAGUUCAGUGUGGAACAUCAGAAGCCAGUGGUGUGUUCAUCGUGUUUGGACAAUGACGGCAAGGCGUCGCUCUCUCAGGCCCUGCUGGCUUUGGGCGGAAAGCUUGUCAACUCCUGGACUCAGGACUGCACCCACCUGGUUAUGCCUUCUGUCAAAGUCACCAUCAAGACUAUUUCUGCGCUGCUGUGCUGUCGUCCCAUCGUGAAGCCAGAGUUCUUCUUAGAGCUCAACGAAGCUGCUCAGCAAAAACAGGCGCCUCCUAAAGCCGAGAGUUUCAUCCCCGAGAUUGAUGAGCCAAGCUUGAUUAAGGAGGAAGUUAAUGUUGGAGUGAUGCCAAUUCGCAAACAACUUUUCACUGAAAAGACCUUCAUAUUCCUCAGUGCCAAGCAGCUGAAGCGUCUGAGUGCAGCCGUGAGUUUUGGAAGAGGAAAGAGUCAGCUGUUGGAAGAGGGCUCCCUGCCCCGGGACCUGCUGGAGUCUCCACAGAGCUGUGUGGUCGAUGUUACAAGCGGCAGCUCCCAAACUCUUUCAUCCUCGACCACCGAUUGGGCAAACUCUGUGAAGAACAUAAUUCAAAGAAAAGGCCUUCGAGUCAUCACAGAGUCCGAAAUUGGUUUGGCUGCCAUCUUUGCUUCCUGUGAUAAGUACUGCAAUCCAUCUGCUGUGAUGCAAGACUCAGAGUCAGUAUCAAAAGUGAAACCCAGAAUCCCAAGUGCUUCGCUGUCACAGAACGUGGCGGUGGACGAGACAGUGUUACCGGCUUCGACACAAAAUAUCACUGCAUAUGCAGUGAACACGGAGCCAUCAGAACGUUCGGAGCUGUGCAAGGUGACGGGGGUGACGGCAGUAGGAGAAACUCCUGAGAAGAAGCAAAACCAUAGCAGCAAUCACCCCGGUGGAUCCAGAGUCGUACCUGAGAGUAUGUCUGCUCAGUGUGUCGUGGCUGAUACGAUGAGCUCAUCGCUUAACGCUGUAGACAACACAAACUCCCAGAGGAAGAAGCCUGAGUCCAAACUGACAGCUGAAGGGAGUAGUGGCAUUAGGUCCCAGCCGUCCUCUUCUAGGACCAACGGCGGCACGAAGACAUUCCUACAAAAGCAAUCUCCUCAGAAACCAAAGAUUCCCGCACAAGUUUCACCGCAGAAACAGUCGACUCUGACGACUUUCUUUCAGCCCGUCAAUAAGAAAAGGCCUUUGGACGAUGAGUUCUCAGCUGUUAUGUCAGAGGCAAAGCGACCUGUACUGGCAUCAUCCAUCAGCAGGAUACAGACACCAAACACUUCAGUCACAUCUAAAGAAACAUACUUGCGUUCUGACAGACUCCCCGCAGCCACAUCUCGGACCCCCCUGGGCUCGGGAGCUGAUCUGUUCACAGGACGGCCAGAUGCUCCAGAACACGGGGUCUCCCACACCUCCCUGGAGGGGCCUCGGAGUGGAAAGAGGAAGGAAAUGGAAGCAGAGAUGCAGAUGGACGAACUGGAGUCUAUCAUGUCUGAAGAUAUGGAUUUCUUUGACGAGCAACUGCCAGGCAAUCAAGGCCAGCAAGCACAGCUAACAGGGCAAAGUUCAACGACACAGAAACGAAGUUUGAAUACGCCGGAGGAUUUGUCUUCAAACAAGAGGCAACGCGUCAAUGUGGAAGAUGGUGGAGCCGACACAAGGCCACUGGUGGGCCUGGAAAAAGAGUCGGGCUCCCACAAAAACCACAGCCAACAAUCCGAACAGUAUAUUGUCUCCAUCAAGACCGAACCGGUUGAUCCGUCAGAAAUCAAGACAACUAAUCAUGAGUCCAGCAAAAGCAAAAACCUUCUGCCUUUUGAACAGGACGAACCGUCUUUCAUUGAGGACAUUGAUCUACUGAAAGGGGUAAAUAGUGAGGAUAAAGAAGCGACUAAGACCCCUCUGAGACCAGUUACAAUCAAACUGGAGGUCAAAGAGUCCAAGAUCGACGAAGACCUUCCUAAAAAGCUGGUGCUAGUGGAGUUUCGAUCUCUCACUGUGACCGUACCUCCGAAAACCAAACCAAAGCCAAUGCUCAGCAACAGCUACGCAAAGAACUUCAAGCGUUUCCGCAAGAACCGAGUACCAGGAGCGGAGACCUCACCCCACAUCAUUGGAGGGUCUGAUCUGCUGGUUCACAACAGGGGAAAGAACACUGAUCUAGAUGAAUGGCUGAAAGAUGCAGCGGAGGAGGAGCGUCAGAGCAGACGAGACGAGACCGUAGGAGACGACCUCUUCAGGUACAACCCCACCAAACUAACCAAAAGAAGAUGAAAUGCCUUCAUCUUGAAGUCCACCAGUGGGAAUUAAUUUCAGUGAACUACACAGAAAGUAUGUGCAACACCCUAUGAAAAGGACUCAUCAUCUGUAUUUGAACUACAUGGUUAAUGUAUAUAACAUGGAGUUAAUGCUUCGUAUUUGUUGCAAUAAUCAGAAAUGUUUACCAGUGUUUUAGUUUUCUGUUCUAUCUGUUAAUCAACGAUCAAUCGCCUAAUUAAGCUACUGACAGUAAGCAAUGUAAGAAGACAUUCUCAUGUUCAGAGAUUUUUUUCCAGUUUUUAUUUGUUGAUAAUAAAAAUUUGACAUACAAAACAUUAAAAACUC